GUGGUUUCCAGUUAUCGUUUAAACUUCGUGUCGAUAAGUAGAGAAAACCUGACGUUGUUAUUCACUCCAAGUGGAAUAAAUUCAGAAUCACAAUCAAAAAAAUGACGAGAAAAUUACUAGCUUUUUUUGGAUUUAUCGCAGUUCAAGUAAUCAAUGGGCACAACUACACAGUUAUUCGAGAAGAAAUUUUGAGAAAGGGUUGCUAUGAUAACAUUUGCUGGAAUAAUCACUCGUAUCCAAUGGCGGAAAUCAAUGAAAAACUACAUAACGAUUUGAGCUUUUUACAAACUGUUGGCCAUGUUGACCAUCCAGAGAUCUUUGUUGAGCCCAUAAAAUCGUGCAAAAUGUGUAACUCUAUGAUAAAUAUAAAAGUGAAGCCGCUGUCAAUAGUAGAUGAAGGAAAACAGUAUAUCAUCAUAAAUGGGAACAAGUACAAGGAGACUGAAAUUAUUUUGAAUGUUUGUGGGGGACAUCAGGGGGAAUCUCAUUGUAUGUCUCAAACGGCACUUCCCUAUAACUUCGCGACAGAAUGCAAACAGAAACGUACCAAGAUGAAUGUGUUAGUCUAUGAUGUGAAGAAAAACGAAUUUGAUGGAAAAAGUUUCUCUUAUCCUAGUGCCUGUGAAUGUAUUCUUAGGCAUAUUUUAUAAUGAAAAUGAAAUGUAUCGUUAUGAGUUAUUAGACAUAAUAGAAAUGAUGUAUAUUUGUUA